ACAAGUACAGUAAAUACAGUAAAAUACAGUUUGUAUAGUACUGAAAAAUAGAACAAAACAAUUCCAAAUACUGGUUGCAUUGUUUUCUACAGAAUGAUCAGAAGACCCACUGGCGGUGGACGUCAACGCCUAUUUACUGAACAACAAGAACUUGCAUUAGUGGACAUGGUCAGGGCAAAUAAUGCGAUCCGUCUCCACCAGCUACAGAGUCACAUAAAUGCAGACAGACAGAGUUUUGGCAAUAUAAAUACAGUAUGCAUUACCACCAUUAGACGCAUCUUGACAAAGCACCAUAUUACAAUGAAACAACUGUACAGGGUUCCAUUUCAAAGGAACAAUGCCAGAGUGAAGGAACUUCGACGUGAAUACGUACAGAGAAUGCUCGCCAUGGAUGGAGCUGCUCAGCCUCAUGAGUGUAUUUACAUUGAUGAGGCUGGAUUCAAUCUGACAAAAAACAGACGACGGGGGCGUAAUCUUAUUGGCCGAAGGGCAAUUGUGCACGUCCCUGGGCAACGUGGAGGAAAUAUUACAUUGUGUGCUGCCAUUAGCCUUCAAGGGCUACUGCACCGUCAUGCCAAAUUGGGGCCCUACAAUUCACAGGAAAUACUCACAUUUCUUGAUGGUCUACAUGACAUCGUCAUACAGAAUAGACCAGAGCAGCCCAGGUUUGUUGUUGUGUGGGGUAAUGUUAGUUUCCACCGGGCUGCUCUGGUCCAAGACUGGUUUACUCAUCAUGAAGGAUUUGAAGUGGUGUACUUGCCCCCUUACUCCCCAUUUUUGAAUCCUAUAGAGGAGUUCUUUUCAGCAUGGAGAUGGCGCGUAUAUGACCGCCAACCCCACGCCCGAAUGCCACUUUCACAAGCAAUGGAACAGGCCUGCGGAGAUAUUGAAAUCAGGUCAAUUCAGGGAUGGAUUAGACACACAAGGGGAUUUUUUCCCCGAUGUUUAGCCGGAGAAGAUAUUGCUUGCGAUGUGGACGAGGUCCUGUGGCCCGACCCCAACAGACGGCAGGAUCCAUACAUGUAACUUCUUUUGUGUGAAGUUCAGUUUGUUUUAUUUUUGCUUUACAGUAACUGAAUUUCCUGUCAUAUGAAUUUCACUACUGUAAUGUAAUUACAGUAAUGUUGAUUUCAGUAUUUUAUUUUUGGAAUUAUGAGAAACAUCUGGAAUUGUAACUGAAUAAAUAAAGUACAAGUGAAAGACUGCAGUGUUUUAUAUAAAGUAGACUAGUGUGUUGCCGCAGAUAUGAGAGUGUAUUGACAUGUGGAAGUGGGCAUCAUUUAGUCAUCAAAGUGAGGUUUUGACAAAGGAUUGUUCAGUUUUGAUGGCAGAGUUUGUAUCUGGCAUAGAUGUGAAUGGUUUAUUUCCCAGUGUUCUUCCGUACUUCCUUGUGUGUGGAGUUUUGGCACCGUGAGCCAAGUUUUGCAAAGUGUGUUCAAGCAAUGGACUAAAACUGUAAUAACACUUACUUACACUUACUUUCCUUGACAUUGAAUGUGCUACUACUAGUCUGCCCGUUUAUUUAUAGAUUCACUAGGAUAAAUACAAUAAAGUUUAUCCCUCACCAAAUAGAAUAUUUACUAAGAAAUCACAAUGUAACCAUAGAAACACUACUUGGUGUGUGUGUGUGUGUGUGUGUGUGUGUGUGUGU